AUGUUUAAGAACUGGGCAGCUGAACAAGACUUAAAAUUUUCGAAAUUGAUAACCGAAAUUUACGAUUUGAAACAGCAAAAUAGAAUAUACAAGAUAUAUAAGAAUAUACAAGAGACUAAUUUGGAGAUACGCAAAUUUAUGACAUAUGCCUCCUCAGAAUAUGAUGACAUGAGGAAAAAGAUAGCAAAAUUAGAAAAAGAACGUUCCGAGUACACUGAAAAUUUAAUGAAAAUGGAAAGAAAAAUACACGAUCUACAGGUUAAGUCCCGCACGGCAUCAAUAGAAUUUAGAAAUAUCCCUAUGCAAGAAAGGGAGACGACCGAUGACCUGCUUUCCAUAGUAAGCGGCGUAUGUAAUGCUCUGCAUAUUCCCAUCAAAUACGAUUAA